GUGCUUUCCACGGGAAAUCGAUAAAUCAACAGCAAUACACAUCUACACACAAACUUAUAUUUAUAUACCUAAUUUAUAUACGUGUCAUUGAGGGAAGAAAUUUGUGGUGUAAAAAAAAUUUGCAAAAAUGUUAACCUCAAAACAGAUUAAAAUUCAUAAAAUGUUGGAUGAACGAUGGACCACCAGAGAUAAAAUAAAUCAGUAUCGCGGAGUUCUCAAGUUAUACGCUCGAGAUAAAAAGAUUCGUGCAUCGGAAUUGACUAAAUUGAAGCAAAGAGUAUUUAAAAAUUUGAAAUCACUGCAAACGGAUGUACGAGAGUAUCGUGAUAUCGUCACUCAAAUUGUUACUGGAAAUAAAGUUCGUCUUAUACCGAUAUUACAACGAUACGAUAACUUUCAUUUGGCUUUUGGUCAACUCGACUCAGAUGAGCUUCAUAAUCGAAUUUAUCAAAACAGCGAAUUAUAUCGUCGACAAUUGGAUAAAUUACGUUACGAAAAGGAGAAAUUAGCUAAGAAAUUUUUCGAUUUACAACUUGAAAAAUGUUUGCUAAUGGAAGAGGAAAAUAAGGAAGUACAAACGGACUGUUUCGUUCAACGUUUGGUGGCAUAUUUGCAACGAUCAACAUCUAAAGAAAAUGGUGUUAAAUCUAUUGGAGUUACAUAUUUAACGAUAAUUAACAUUUUGAAAAAUGAUGCAAUAUAUUUCGAUGCACUUCUUAAAGCUAUCAAAGAUGAUAAAAAGGAUCAAUGUAAAGUGAUAGUAAAGACAACGAUAAUGGGACAAUUGGUGGCAGAAAAUGUGGAUGAUUUGAAACAAAAAUAUAAAUUAAUGACUAUUGACGUUCUGAAAAAUAUGAAAGAAAGAGAACGUACUUUAAUUAUUACACGUGAACGCGUUGCCGAUCUUUGGGAGUAUGCGAAAUCUUUAGUACGAAUAGAGAGCGACACUAUUUUUGCCAGAAAAAGUAUCGGUAAUGACGAAAACGUUCAAUUGGAAAACCAACUUAAACGUUUGGAAGAGAUUUGUGACAUAUUGAAGGAGAACGUUUUAGUUAGAAGUUAUAACGAAUUGUUCCCAAGACUCGAAGAACAAAUGAGACAGAAGACACGUUUGAUCAAUCAAUUUAAUUAUAAUAUAAAAGAACGCGAUGAUCUUUUAUCUAAAAAGGAAGAAGCUCUUGCCGUUCUUGAAAAUCUCGAACAUACGAUGGUAACUACGACAACACAAUAUAGAAUAGAUAAAAAAGUUAUGUUAGAAGAGAUUGAAACUCAAAAAAAACGUAUUAUCGAAUAUAAAGAUCAAAGAAGAUCUCAUGGUGAAUUAUCGAUUAAGAUAACAGCAACUUUACAAAAUAUGCUACUUAUGCUUAUUUGUAUUAAACAGCUUAAAGGGAUAUUACAAGUAACUACCAAAAAACAAGCAAAACUUGCCACUACUGAAGAAUUUGAGAUUGACGAAACGGUUGAACCUGUCCUAGAGAAAAUAGAUACAGAUGUCGUAGCAUUAUUGGCAGAAGUUACUCAAUUAAUGGGUAUCCUUCUCGGAAUGAGCAAUUUCGAACUCGAUAAAGAGAAGAAUGAGAGAGCGAGACAAUUGUAUCAAACUUAUGUCGCUGAUUAUAUCUCUAAUCUCAAAUUUGGGAAGGACGUAUUAGAGCCAGAUAAAACUCUGAUCGUCGAACAUGAAAUCGUAGAUCCAAACGUAUUAACGCGAAGUGAUGUAAAGAAUCAAAGUAGAAAAGUGGUAGAAGCUAAUUUGAAACUUGACUAAUGUAUUGGUAUGAAAAUUUCAUUUUUUAUUUAUCUUAUUAAAAAACUGUCUUAAUGUAUAUAUAACGUAGCAGAAAUUUAUCUACGUUCGGUAAAUCGAAAUUUUCUACACGCACAUAUAUUUUAAUAAAUAUAUUUUAAUUAUAAACAAAUAUAAUAAUAAUUA